AUGGUUACCGGUAGAUUUCUUGUUGACAUAAUAGAGAAGAAGAUAAUUAACCCCAAUGAGCAACACUAUUUACGAAAUCUUACCGAUGAGGAAAAAGAAUAUAUUGAGGAGUGUGAUCUCCUUGAUUGGAAUAUAUUAAAAUUAACAAAACAUCCGUAUGCUGUUGAUUCGCCACAGUUAUUUGAUGUAUUAAACGCAAAUAAUGAGGAUUUCUAUGAAGAUAAAAAUGGGGAUUUGUGGAUUGUUCCACCUACUGAAUAUAAAGGUGAGUUAACUCCACGAAAAUAUAGGUCUAUACCACUUCAUUUUAAAAGUUUUGGAUGGAGACAUAUAUACGAACCGCUGAAGAAGGUGCCACUACCGGAAAAUCCAUUUGCCAAUGAUAGCUUAGAGAGUUUACUUGGAGGAUAUCAUGAAAGUAAAGACUUACAAGACGAAGAAUAUUUUGCGUUCCUCAAGGAUCUAGCCACAUUAGUGAGUUAUGAUCAACAACGAAGCUACUACAUCAAAUCCUUUAAUGAGCUAAAAAGUUUGUAUAUCGCCAGUCAGGGACAGUAG